AUGACGCGGCUCGAGCGCAGCGCCGUUCGCGACAACUUAAGCCUUCUGGGCAAGCACCCCAUCACGAACAAGCAUAUCUUUACUCGGCUGGAUGUGAAGGAACAGAAUCUCGUGUCGAUCGACGUGUUGAAGGAGUUCCCGUUCCUGCAGGACGUCGACGUGGCCAACAACCAGAUCGAGUCCCUGGCGUCACUGGCGCACCUGCCAUUCUUGAUUGCUCUGAACGCAGAGAACAACAACCUGACGACGCUACUUGACUUUGACCCGCCCCAGUGUACGCCCACGAAUGCGUGGGUCGACGGCCACGAAGCGAUCGGGUCCAUGCUACACAUCGCCAACCUGGCGCGCAACCACAUUGUGGCCAUGCGAGACCUGCGGACGCACCGCUACAUCCAGGACCUUAUCUUGGAUCACAACCAGAUCACAGAUAUCACUGGAAUCGCCGACCUCGUCUUUCUCAAGUACUUGAGCAUCUCGCACAACAAGCUGACGACGACGAAAGGCCUGACGAGCAACUUGCCGAUUGAGAUUUUGAACCUGUCCCACAACGAAAUUGCCGACACGGCGCAGCUCCCGGGGCUCACGCGGCUCCUCAACGUCAACGUUGCGCACAACCGCAUCCGGAGCUUGGACGAGUUUGGGAAGUGCCGCAUGCUGCAAAAGCUGGAUGUGUCCUUCAACCGCAUUCAAGACCUAUGCGAGGUCGACGCCUUGGCCAAGCUCCGCGACCUGAGCACGCUGAACUUGACGCAAUGCCCUGUCACGCGCAUCCCGUACUACCGGUUUCGCAUCCUCGUGCGAACACAGCAAAUCGUCAUGCUGGACGGGUUCCCGGCGUCCAUUAAAGAGCGGAUCAAGGCCAAGGUCAUUCAUGGCGACGACAUCCGGGCGCGCACCGACAUUUUCGACUCGCACAUGAAAGGCGACACAUUUAUCAACUACUUGGUUCCCCUCGAGCACGAGUACAAUCGCGCGGCUCCCGACCGCCAUCCCACGACGCUCAAGCCGCCGCAGCUGUCCAAGGCCAGCAGCUGCAAGAACAUGGCCGAAGCCGAAGCGGCCAAAGCGAUCUUGAUCGCCCAGAUCAAGAUCGUGACCGCGGCGUUCGCCAAAGACACCCUGAACGACCUGCCCAAGCGGUACCCGAUGUUGUUUGGCAAGUGCGGGAAAAAGCCAUCGCGGCGGUCGAACGGGUCCAUCAUGUCACGGAAGCCGCUCGUUGAUGUUCCGUCCGAGUAG